AUGAGAUGGCACGAAGAGAGUCGCACGAAAGAUGGUUAUUUGAGACAUCCAGCAGAUACCCCAGCGUGGAAAACAUUUAAUUUUAAGUAUCCUGAUUUUGCCCGUGAAUCUCGUAAUGUCAGGCUUGGUUUAGCCACUGAUGGGUUUAACCCUUAUAGAACAAUGAGUGUUUCUCAUAGUACAUGGCCUGUUGUUUUGAUGCCAUACAAUCUUCCUCCUUGGAUGUGUAUGCAACAACCUUACUUUUUUCUAUCUUUACUUAUACCUGGCCUAUCUGCUCCUGGGAAUAACAUAGAUGUCUAUAUGGAACCGUUAGUGGCCGAGUUAAAGGAGUUGUGGGAUAUUAAUGGAGUAGAGACUUAUGAUGCAUCAACAAACAGUAACUUUCAGAUGCGUGCAUCUUUGUUAUGGACGAUAAGUGACUUUCCAACUUAUGCAAAUUUAUCAGGCUGGAGCACCAAAGGUGAACUUUCAUGUCCUUCUUGCCAUAGGCAUACAAAAGCACAACGCUUAACUCAUAGAAAAAAAUAUUGUUUUAUGGGACAUCGUCGAUAUUUGUCAUGUGAUCAUUAUUUCCGAAAAGAUAAGAAGUCUUUUGAUGGCACAGAAGAACAAGAGAGACAACCACGUGGCUUAACUGGGUCAGAAGUACUUGAUGAGCUACAUGGUUUUGAAAUUAAGUUUGGAAAACUUGUGAAGAGCAACCCAAAUCUACCAUUUAACUGGAAGAAAAGUAUUUUUUUUGAGCUACCAUACUGGAAAGAUAACUUGCUACGCCAUAAUCUAGAUGUAAUGCAUAUUGAGAAGAAUGUUUGUGACAACAUCAUUGGAACGCUAAUGAAUCAAGAUAGAAAGACCAAGGAUCAUGUAAAAGCACGCCUUGAUUUACAAGAAAUGGGUAUUAGGCCUGAACUUCAUCCGAAAGUUCAAAUAACAACAAAGUGUAUCUUCCACCUGCUUGUUUCUCAAUGGAUAAAAAGAGAAAGAUAUAUUUUGUCGUGUGCUCAAAAGGUGAAAGUUCCAGAUGGUUAUGCAGCUAAUAUAUCAAGAUGCGUAGAGUUAAAACCUCCAAAACUAUCUGGCCUUAAAAGUCAUGAUAGCCAUAUUUUGAUGCAGCAGCUGCUUCCCCUUGCCUUGCGAAAUGUGUUGCCUAAGCACGUGCGUUAUCCUGUGAUGAAGCUAUGUCGUUACUAUAAUCAAUUAUGCUCAAAGGUUCUUAAUCCAAAUGAAUUGGUUCAAAUGGAAAUUGAGAUUGGAAAAUUCUUUGUGAUUUGGAAAGGAUAUUUCCACCAUCAUUCUUUGAUGUCAUGGUAUUUAUCUACAUUGAAAUCUUACGUGCGAAACAAGAGUAGGCCCGAGGGUUCUAUUGUAGAAGGAUAUUUGGCUGAAGAAUUGGCAGAAGUACUAGACCUUAAAAUAUUGGAUAAAGCACAUUCAUAUGUGUUGUUCAAUUGCACUGAAGUUGAUGAAUUUCGAAGAGAACACCUGGCGAUUCUUCGACAUGAAAAUCGGAAAUUACGACAGCAUCAGAUUGAACGUUUACAUAGUGAGAAAUUUGUGUCGUGGUUUCAAGAUCAUGUUGAGGAGUUGGAUACUAGAGGGGAUCAUAGAAUCACAGAGGAUUUGAGGAACUUGGCAAGUCGUCCAACUGAGUAUGUGAAUAAAUAUAAGGGAUUUAUCAUAAAUGGUUUCAGAUUUCACACAAAAGACCUAGAGGAGAAUAGGAAAACACAAAACAAUGGAGUUAUGCUUAACGCCAUGACAAAUAGCUUCUCGAGUGCCAGAGAUAACAAUCCUAUUGUAGGUGAUGUAACUUACUACGGGGUUUUGAAUGAUAUCAUUGAGUUGCAGUAUGUUGUUGACAAGAAAGUAGUUUUGUUCCAUUGUGAUUGGAUCUCAAAUGGUUCAAGGAAAAAAGAAGAUGAGAAUGGGUUUAGUCUACUUAAUUUUAAAGGUUUGAAGCCUCAUAAUGAGCCUUUUUAUACUAGCUCUCAAGCACAACAAGUAUUUUAUGUUGCAGAUCCCGUUGACAAGGGAUGGAAAGUUGUGAUCAAGACAACGCCGAGAGAUUAUUAUGACAUGAAUGAACAAACAUGUCUUGAUGUGGAAUCGCAUUUGGAAAGUGAGACAUCUAUGGGUCCUCAACGUGAUGAAUAUUUGAAUAUUGAGUUGGUUAGAAAAGAUUUAAAGGGGACUGUUGUUGACAAUAAUACUUACUAUACUAGCUAA